AUGAAUAAGUUUAAUUCUUCAACAAUUAGUCAUUUAUUUAAUAAUAAUUACAAUAAUUCAUCAUCAUUAACUUCGUCAUUUAAUUUGUUAAAUAUCAAUGAGUUUUUAAAUUUAAAUUAUACAAUAUCUUUAUAUAAACAAGCUUCAUGGUUGCAAAUUAUAAUUACAACAGUAUUCUUAAUUUUAACUUAUGAUCAGAUUAAAUACCAAUUAAAUAAAGGUUCAAUCGCUGGUCCAAAAUAUAAAGUUUGGCCAAUUAUUGGACCAUUUUUAGAAUCAUUAGAUCCAAAAUUUGAAGAAUAUAAAUCAAAAUGGGAUUCGGGUGAUUUAAGUUGUGUUUCUAUUUUUCAUAAAUUUGUUAUAAUUGCAAGUUCGAGAGAUUUAGCUAGAAAAAUUUUAUCUUCACCAAAAUAUGUUAAACCAUGUGUUGUUGAUGUUGCUAUUAAAAUUUUAAGACCUUCAAAUUGGGUUUUUUUAGAUGGUAAAGCUCAUACUGAUUAUAGAAGGUCUUUAAAUGGUUUAUUUUCAAAAAAAGCUUUAGAAAUUUACAUUCCGGUUCAAGAAAAAUACAUGGAUUUGUAUUUGAAAAAAUUUAUCAGCUAUGAUAAACCAAAAGAAUUCUUUCCAGAAUUUAGAGAGUUAUUAUGUGCUUUAAGUUUAAGAACAUUUUGUGGUGAUUAUAUAACUGAAGAUCAAAUUGCUUUAAUUGCUGAUAAUUAUUAUAGAAUAACUGCUGCUUUAGAAUUAGUCAAUUUUCCAAUAAUUAUUCCUUAUACAAAAACAUGGUAUGGUAAAAAAAUUGCUGAUGAAACAAUGAAAAUUUUUGAAAAAUGUGCUUCAAUGUCAAAAGUUCAUAUUAAUGAAAAAAAUGGUGAUCCAAAAUGUGUUAUGGAUGAAUGGAUUUUCUUAAUGAAAGAAGCUAGAGAAAAACAAUUAGAUGAUCCUGAAUCAAAAUUAUUAGUUAGAGAAUUUUCAAAUAGAGAAAUUUCUGAAGCUAUUUUCACAUUUUUAUUUGCUUCACAAGAUGCAAGUAGUUCAUUAGCUUGUUGGUUAUUUCAAAUUGUUGCAGAUAGACCAGAUGUCGUUGCCAAAAUUAGAGAAGAACAAUUAAGAGUUAGAAAGAAUGAUCCAAACGUUAAAUUAUCAUUAGAUUUGAUUAAUGAAAUGCAUUAUACUAAUGAUGUCGUCAAAGAAUCUUUAAGAUAUAGACCACCAGUUUUAAUGGUUCCUUAUGUUGUUAAACAAAAAUUUCCAGUUACUGAAAAUUAUACUGCUCCAAAAGGUUCAAUGAUUAUUCCAACUUUAUAUCCUGCUUUACAUGAUCCUGAAGUUUAUGAUGAACCAGAUUCCUUUAUCCCUGAAAGAUGGGAAAAUGCAACUGGUGAUAUGUAUAAAAGAAAUUGGUUAGUUUUUGGUACCGGUCCACAUGUAUGUCUUGGUAAAAACUAUGUGUUAAUGUUAUUUACAGGUAUGUUGGGUAAAUUUGUUAUGAACUCGGAUUUAAUUCAUCAUAAAACUCCAUUGUCCGAGGAGAUUAAAGUUUUUGCCACUAUUUUCCCAAAAGAUGAUUUGAUAUUAGAAUGGAAAGCAAGAGAUUCCUCAAAAUUAUAG